UUGAUUCUUCUUUCACGGUAUCGUACUCAGAAGAAAUUCUAGUAACAAAUAAGACAGUCAUCGUCGCCGUUUCUUCAACAUUUGCUGUCAUACUUUUGAUUUUAAUUAUCUUCGUUAGAGUCAAAUAUUAUUACGACAAGAAAGUACGAGUUUUACAGGACGCACUACUUAAAUUGCUGAAUGGGAAUGCCAGUCAAAUUAAUAACCAGUCACCAAUAGAAGACCAGGUAGAGUUCCUUCCCUACGACAGACGAUGGGAAUUUCCAAGACAUCGUUUGAAACUCGGAGUCCAGCUGGGAGUUGGCUGCUUUGGUCGUGUAGUCAAAGCGGAAGCAAUGGGACUUAAAGGCUCUGAAGAAACUGUCAAAACGGUGGCCGUCAAAAUGGUUCGGUCGGAAGCCAACGUCACCGCAAUGGAAGCACUCAUCAGUGAACUAAAAAUCCUCGUCUACUUGGGAUCGCACCUCAACGUCGUCAAUCUGCUGGGAGCCUGCACUAAGCAAAUACAUAAGGGAGAACUUUUGGUGAUCGUUGAAUAUUGUCGGUUCGGCAAUUUGCAGUCUUUUUUGAUUAACCACAGGGCCAACUUUGUUAAUUUGGUAGACGAGUUUGGGAACCUGAAAACGCUAGACGAAAUGGAAAGUAGCAAUUUCAGCAGGUCAAUUGGGGAAGAAAUCCCAUCGCAAGUCGAAACGAGAGAUUUGCAAAUUGACGAUCAUUCUGGCGUGAAUUCACCAUCCUCUGAAGUUUUGGACGUUUCAAAUUCCAACCAGCAAGAUCGGCCGAUUUCCACAACAGAUCUCAUUUCUUGGUCUUUUCAAGUAGCCCGAGGAAUGGAUUACCUGGUUAGCAAAAAGGUCCUCCAUGGGGAUCUCGCCGCCCGCAAUAUUCUACUCGCUGACGAUGGAGUUGCAAAAGUGGCCGACUUUGGAAUGGCGAAGAAAAUGUAUUACGAAGAACAUAACGAAAAAAAAGGACAGGGGUUGAUGCCGGUUAAGUGGAUGGCGAUUGAAUCCUUGGUUGAUCGCUUCUUUUCCAGCCAAUCCGACGUGUGGUCGUACGGAGUCCUUCUCUGGGAAAUCUUUUCUUUGGGCCGAGUUCCCUAUCCAGGUAUGGACGUCGGUCACAUACUCAUGAAAGAAAUUCAAAAAGGAUAUCGGAUGGACAAACCGGAACUGGCGCCCAACUUUUUCGGUGAUAUGAUGGCCGAUUGCUGGAAAUCGGAUCCGAAGGAGAGACCCACCUUUAGUCAAACGGAGCAGAUUAUCUGCGGCCACAUGGAGUCGUCGGUCACCUCUGACUAUUUGAAUAUGAACGCGCCGUAUGUGAAGCUCAACGAAGAAAAGGAGAACGCAACGCCAAAGGAUCAAUUUGGAUUGGCCAAGUUGUUGAGAGAAAAGUCGGGAACUCAAUCCAAGAUGGACGCCACGCCACGAUAUUCAAUGUUUCCUGUGCGAUCUUCCAAAAAAUUUGCGGAUUCUGAUUGAUCCUUAGUCAAACGUUAGUUAUAAAGUCUUUAACUAUUCAAUAUUAUUUUAGUACGUAAUAAGAUAACUACUGUUGGUUACAUAUCGAAAGAUAGGUGUGAGAAUGGUUACCAAUAUUUCUACGCGUGCAGAAGCAGUAAAAAGGGUGAGGUUCUUCUUUUCUUUAUUGCAUCGAAAUUCUUCUUUUCUCUAUUGCAUCGAAACAAAUUUGUCGUAUCCAUCAGAUAGACGUUGUCACUUGUUAGGUGUGCAGCAGAUCUAUUCGCUCUAUGCGAGUAUUAUUUACUAUUUAUCGAUUUUAGCAGCACCUGGCUAAUGGUAUUUUUACACGACAGUGCUCGGCUGUGGGGUGUGUUAAGCGGAGAGUGCAUGUGAAAAUGGGCAUUUCGUAAAGGUGAAUCAGGUUCGGAUUUCACGAGGAUAUGCUAGAAUCAAUUUCCUUGUCGGUUAGUUGUUAUUUGUUUAUUUUUUGAUAAUGAUUUUUGUUAGCAUCCCCUACCCUCCCAUCAAUCCAAGUGAAAUCGAAGAAAUUCGAUUCGAGAAAAAGCUUUGAAAUAAAAAUAAUCUUCAAUUUUAACACCAGGCAGACCUUUUACUAAAAAUAUUAAAUAUUAUUUCUAGCUCCCACUAGGGAUGAGCAAGUAAAACUCAUUUCCCAAUCGUGAACUAUAUUAUUGAAAUCUAAAAAUUAUACCCAUUACAAGAUGAACGGUUCCGAACGGCGAACGGUUCUCUUUGAAUGUUAUUUAACAUAUGUUUAUCGUUGUGUGUAUUUAGAGAUAUAGUUGUUUUACCAAUACUAUUGCAAUUAAUAAGACAUUUAUCGAGAGCUUUGAAUUGGCUCUGUAUUUAUUGUCCAUCGGAACUGCUACCGAGGUAACGAAACCAGCAGUAAUAACAACCAGAUUGAUAACUGAAAUGCCAAUUGGAUAACCAAAACCAGCCAAAAUUGACUUUAGUUGCUUUAAGUUCAAAACACGGUGUGAUUGUUAAUUUGCUGAAAUGAAGAGUUCAAGAUAAGAAUGUACAGUUAAUUCAUUCCGCUGAGUGGUUAUUCUUACAGGCCGGGCUUACCUUGAAAA